CGCCAUAUUAAGGAGCGGGGAGCCCGGGAUCCCGUCAGCGGCGGCCGCGGCCGGACGCGGCGUAGCUGCGCUCAGCGGAGGCGGGCGCGGCGCGGCGCCGGGAGAGGCGGGGCCGGCGGAAGCAGCGAGCGACGGGCGACGGGCGACGGGAGCGAGCCAGGCUGACGGCCGCCAUGGACCAGGACUACGAGCGGCGCCUCCUCCGGCAGAUCGUCAUCCAGAACGAGAACACGAUGCCGAGCGUUGCAGAGAUGCGGCGAACCCUGACACCCGCCAACUCCCCCGUGUCCUCCCCCAGCAAGCACGGGGACCGCUUCAUCCCCUCGAGAGCCGGCGCCAACUGGAGCGUGAAUUUCCACAGGAUCAACGAAAAUGAGAAAUCUCCCAGCCAAAACCGGAAAGCCAAGGACGCCACCUCGGACAACGGCAAAGACGGCCUGGCCUACUCGGCUCUGCUGAAGAACGAACUGCUCGGUGCCGGCAUCGAGAAGGUGCAGGACCCGCAGACGGAGGACCGCAGGCUGCAGCCCUCCACGCCUGAGAGGAAGGGCCUCUUCACGUAUUCCCUCAGCACCAAGCGCUCCAGCCCCGACGAUGGCAAUGACGUGUCUCCCUACUCCCUGUCCCCCGUCAGCAACAAAAGUCAGAAGCUACUGCGGUCCCCACGGAAACCCACCCGCAAGAUCUCCAAGAUCCCCUUCAAGGUCCUGGAUGCGCCCGAGCUGCAGGACGACUUCUACCUGAACCUGGUGGACUGGUCAUCCCUCAAUGUACUCAGCGUGGGGCUGGGGACCUGCGUGUACCUGUGGAGCGCCUGCACCAGCCAGGUGACCCGGCUCUGUGAUCUCUCCGUGGAAGGGGACUCGGUGACCUCCGUUGGCUGGUCUGAGAGGGGGAACCUGGUGGCCGUCGGCACACACAAGGGCUUCGUGCAGAUCUGGGAUGCGGCUGCAGGGAAGAAGCUGUCCAUGCUGGAAGGCCACACGGCGCGCGUCGGGGCGCUGGCCUGGAACGCCGACCAGCUCUCAUCCGGGAGCCGGGACCGCAUGAUCCUGCAGAGGGACAUCCGCACGCCGCCCUUGCAGUCAGAGCGGCGGCUGCAGGGCCACCGGCAGGAGGUGUGUGGGCUCAAGUGGUCCACGGACCACCAGCUGCUCGCCUCAGGGGGCAACGACAACAAGCUGCUGGUCUGGAACCACUCAAGCCUGAGCCCCGUGCAGCAGUACACAGAGCACCUGGCGGCCGUGAAGGCCAUCGCCUGGUCCCCGCACCAGCACGGGCUGCUGGCAUCCGGCGGCGGCACAGCCGACCGCUGCAUCCGCUUCUGGAACACUCUCACGGGGCAGCCGCUGCAGUGCAUCGACACCGGCUCCCAGGUGUGCAACCUCGCCUGGUCCAAGCACGCCAAUGAGCUGGUGAGCACGCAUGGCUACUCGCAGAACCAGAUCCUCGUCUGGAAAUACCCAUCCCUGACACAGGUGGCCAAGCUGACCGGGCACUCCUACCGGGUUCUCUACCUGGCCAUGUCCCCUGAUGGAGAGGCCAUAGUCACUGGUGCUGGAGAUGAAACCCUGAGGUUCUGGAAUGUCUUUAGCAAAACCCGUUCGACAAAGGUAAAGUGGGAAUCCGUGUCCGUCCUCAACCUCUUCACCAGGAUCCGGUAAACCCGUGGCCGUGCCGUCCUGGUCGCAGAGCGCCACCUCUCAGCGUGCAUGGACCCUCCCCUCCCCUGAACAUGGGCCCCAGAGGAAGACAGGCAGCCAGGGUGGGGCGGGAGCCGGGCCUGGAGAGACCCUGAAGGUUCUAUUAAAGCCUGAUUGUGAACCCUGUCAGCCGGUGUUUGGGGCGGGGCCGGGCUCGGGCACCAGCAGUAGUGGGGCCUCCGGAUCCCUCCACCCUGGGUGGCCCCGGCUCGGACAGCUGUUCUCGGAGCGGGAUGGACGCCUCCUGGAUGCCGCCUCCUUCCGUCCGUGUCCAUCACCGCCUCGCUGGGGCUUCAGGCUCUGCCCGGAAGCUCGUGCUCACUGCUGCCCACACCUGCUACGGGACAGACGGCUGGACACCAGGCCGGUUGGCCGGGGAAGGGCCUGGCAGGAUGGCAGCUCAGGUUGGCCCGUGAAUCGAAAUGACGUCCCCACUCGAGAGGUUUCUUUGCAGCCACCUCUGCUCUCCCUGUCCCAGCAGCCGACCGCUGGCUCUUUCAGGGGCACGGCGUUGGGAGCAGGCCACACGCCAAAGGAGGUCACCUUGAGGCGGACUUGUUGUCUGAGGGAGACUGAUGUGGGACCUGUUCGCCAUGAUGGCUCGCCCCAACUGUCCUUGUCGCUCACGGGGUCACAGCCGACUGUGGUUCUUGCAGCUCGCUGGGCGGCCGGUCAGGGUAACCUGAGGACAGAAUUGACCCUGCGGGUCAGGUCCUGUGGGCGCCCAGCCCUCCUCCCCAGCCCCUUCUCCUCCAGGCCACCCUAGUGGGUCCUGUCCAUCUGCGCCUUCGGCUGCGGGAGGGGGCACCUGAGGGUUCCCCCAGAAGCUUCCUGAGCUCCCCCUGACUCUGGGCCCACCUCAUUGUCCUCUUCUGCCCUGUUCUCAGGUGAGACGGAGGAGGGAGGUGGGGCCGGUGUGUGGCCAGGGGCCUGAGCAGCCACCCUGCCUCUCCUCCUCUCCCUCCCUCUCCCCUUCCCAGGUCGGAGGACAUUGAUGGACGUGGCCUGGGCAGGGCGGGGGUCCAGCGUGGCCAGGGGGGCCCCACAGAGUCCCAUCGGUCACCCCGGCUCUGCCGGAGCCCCCGCUCCUCCGGUUGUGAGGGCCUUGUGCUCUGUUCAGCCAGCCACACGUGUGCAUGUGUAUAUGUGUAUCUGUGACCUUCCUUUGGAUUUGUUUCUGUGUUUCUGUAAAUCAGUCCCCAAAAUGUUAAGGCUUGCUGGGGGAGAGCAGUGGCCCACCCCUACCCCUGGGGGAGACAGAAGUCACAGCUCUUAAGGUCUUCUUCAGAGGGGCAGGCGGCUGAGCCUGCAUGAACUUGGGGAAGGGUGGGUCCUGCCUCCCGGCCCAUCCCGGCUGCUUGCUGGGGACGGGCGGGGACGAGCAGGGACAGUGUACAUAGAUGUGUGUAUUCCGAUGGGUCCAGAUUUUAUUUUUGUUUGUUUGA